CCUUCAUCGACGACAACGGCAUCAUCAGAGUUGGAGGCAGACUCAAUGAAGCGCAACUCAAUUUUGAAAAAAGACAUCCUGCUAUUCUACCCCGCCAUUCUCAAUUAUCGGCGCUUAUCAUCGACCACGCUCACAAGACGACUCUACAUGGAGGCACUCAGCUUACUCUGGCAAGGAUCCGCCUGACGUACUGGAUACUCGGAGGAAGAGCUCCAGUCAAAUCUCACAUCUUACGGUGUGUCGUGUGCGCUCGUCAACGAGGCGUGCGAGCUCAACAACUCAUGAGUCAACUCCCCAUGGCACGAGUCACCCCAGCGAGACCUUUUGCGCACACGGGGGUGGAUUACGCAGGACCGAUCCAGCUCAAAACCUGGAAGGGCAGAGGCUCAAAGGUUCACAAAGGUUGGAUGUGCGUGUUCGUAUGCAUGACGACCUCGGCUGUCCAUCUGGAGGUGGUCAGUGACUACUCCACCGAUGGAUUUCUGGCAACCUACCGGAGAUUCUCAUCACGAAGAGGGCCCGCAGAGGUAUUGUACUCAGAUUGCGGGACAAAUUUCGUCGGCGCCGACACGGCUAUCAAGAAGCUCUUCAAGGACAGCUCCAAAGAAUUUAAAGAUCUCACGGCUACACUCUCGACCAAGGGAACAUCUUGGAGAUUUAACUCGCCAUCAUCUCCCCAUACGGGAGGAAAAUGGGAAGCCGUAGUGAAAUCUAUCAAGUUUCACUUACGACGCACAAUUGGCGAAACUCCGCUCACCUUUGAAGAGUUCUCUACCCUGCUCACCCAAAUUGAGGCAGUACUCAAUUCCAGGCCACUCGAGCCUUUGAGUGACGACCCUGACGAUAUAUCGGCACUCACUCCUGGACAUUUUCUUGUGGGCUCAGCGCUCAAUGCCAUACCAGAACCAUCACUCAUUGACAUUUCGACUUCUAGAUUAUCUCGCUGGCAGCUCAUCCAACAGAGGGUCCAGCAGUUUUGGUCGCAAUGGUCGUCUCACUACCUGCAGCGACAACAGGCGAUCUCCAAGUGGCACCAUCCUACCAACGACGUUACGGUCGGGUCACUGGUGCUGCUCACGGAUGAGAGAAUGCCUCCAUCGAAAUGGCCCCUAGCAAGAGUAUUGGAGCUGCAUCCAGGAAAGGAUGGACUCACCAGGAUCGUCACUAUCAAAACGGCGACGACAACGCUCACCCGGCCCAUCGUCAAGCUCGCCCCGCUGCGAAUUCGCUCAGGGGCCUAG